CCUCCCCCCUGUAAUCGAGGUGUUUCAUGCUAGUCUUCUGCGUUUGAUACUCAACUAUUAGGGACUUAAUUCACCAUCAACCUCGACAUAUUAUUAGCUAAAUGGUAGUUAUGAAAAAUAAAAACAACAACUUAGUAUAAUAUCUAUCUACCAUUCAUUAUAUAUAGAUUUAGGGAUCACGAAAGGAUGGCAGGUCCCGUACACGUCCUCGACGACUACUACCUCUCCAUCACGCUCCUCGUCACAAUCGCGUAUCAGCUGUUCUUCUUCGCGAUAGCGUACAGCUUCAAAUUCGAUAAACUUACAGAUUUCGCCGGAGGUACCAACUUCGUGGUCCUAGCCGUGCUCACGCUAGCCCUGAGCCGCGAUCCUGAUGCGCGACAGAUCGUGGCCUCGGUGUUUAUUACGGCGUGGGGAUUGCGGCUCUCGCUCUUCUUGCUGUACCGCGUACUGCGGACAGGCAAAGACGAUCGCUUCGACGGCACGCGCGAUCGCUUCUUUCCGUUCCUCGGCUUUUGGGUCUUCCAGAUGCUUUGGGUGUGGGCCGUCUCGCUGCCCGUUACGAUUCUGAACUCCCCCGCCGUCCGCAGCUACCAGCCCCAGGUUUCCUUCGGCACGGGUCGGGAUAUAGCAGGCGUGGUUUUAUUUAGCAUCGGGUUUGUUAUGGAGAGCGUAAGCGACGUGCAGAAAUUCGUGUUUCGGUCGAGGAAUGAUCGGAGCGCGAUUUGCGACUCGGGGUUUUUUUACUGGAGUCGUCAUCCGAAUUACUUUGGAGAGAUCAUUAUUCAGUUCUCUAUAUAUAUGAUGUGCGUCUCGCCCGCUGCCGAUGGCCCUGUCGCCGGACAAGCAUUCAAUGCGCUUUACGCCACAAUCUUAGGUCCCUUCUUCCUCACCAUCCUGCUCAUGUUCGUCUCGGGGCUGCCGCUGUCUGAGCGUCCAGGCGCUAAGAAGCGGUACGAAAAGGGCUCGAAUUGGGAAGGCUAUCAGCGGUAUUUGAACCGUACUAGCAUCCUUAUCCCGUUUCCGCCACACGUCUACGAACGGCUCCCUACUAUCGUAAAGAGAACGGUGUUCCUCGAGUUUCCUAUAUACGUAUUCGAUCCGGCCAAACACUCGGAGAUCACCGAAAAUAGAUAAAUCAGCGAAUGAGAGGUAGUAUGAGAACCCCCUACCUACUAACCUCCGCCGGACUGAAUAGCCCUUAACAGAUAGAACUUGAGGGAAACGAGGGUAUCAUUUACACGGGUUAACUUUUCCUAUCUAAAUUUACCAUCACUACGCCACCAACUACCGUCGGCCAACCAACCAGGCACGAGCGCCAACUCCGCCCAUCAAAACUUUCAACAUCGCCUAUAAUCCACUCAACUCGCACGCGCCCUUUACAGGCACCAUAUGAGCAGAUUCCCCCGCCAAGUCAGCCGCCGUCGGGGCCGCCCCGCUAUUCACGAGUAUACCCGCCGGGUCGAGGGGUUGGUCAAGAGAUUCUUGAGAGGCGCAGUAGUCGGACUCGGUGGGCUCUUCCGAGUAUGUUUCGGAGCCCUCAGGGAUUGGAACCAUGGCUGAUUUGGUCCAUAUGUGGAUAGCUCUUGACCAGUCGAGCCCAUCUAUACACUUUAGGAGCAUGAGAAGUUAGUGGCUAGCUAUCUCUCUUCGGGUCAAAUAAGACACCUAGGUAAUCACUUAUCGGGGGAUAUAUUGGCGACUAUAUAUAUAUUUUAUGCGUCGAAUAAUUAGGAGAAUAUAGAGACAAGGGGGGUAUACUUA